GGAGGCUGUUACUUGUGAGAAAUGGUUGAUCACGCUACAACAAAUACGGUUAUAAAUUCUUCAGUACCUCAGCUGAUUCAGACGUCCCUCAUAAUACUACUAGUAUUUGUAUCCCUCCUAGUAAACGAUACCUGCCUCAAACGAGAUGUCCGUCCCAACUCACAGUAUUCAUUCAAUCCACGGCACUUUCGCAGGCGUACCGUCCUACACUACUUUCUCAUCGAACGCUGGCGUCGUAAUUGAAGGCUCCCCAAUCAAUAAAAUCCAUCCAGGAUUCGCCAGAACCGCCUCUUGGCGCAUAGCGCCCGUAUCACUCCCUAGUUCAAGCUCUCGUCGUCUCCCAUCCUUCCCUAUAGCCCGUCGUGUCCCACCUCCACCACCACCUCGUGCUAUCGCACCACAAGCUAUCCCUUUCCCCUCAGAAAACCCAUUUAAUGAUUCAAAUGAAUGCGCCCUGCCCAUACCACAACGACCCGUUCCCCAGCGCACUCACCUCGCUUCACAAUCAUACACCGUCAGACUCCCCGGCUCAAACCCAAUCGACGUCCUAGUUCGUCAGCGAACUGCACAGCGGGCCGCACAGGAGCGCGAGACCCGGUGCAAGGUCAUCGCUGGUAUCUUGUUGAACAGGGUCCAUGCUGUAGGGAAGCCUAUGCGUCGGCUGCCUCCAAGUUCGGAAGCGCCUCGCGCAUACAAGCGGAGCAGAUUAUCAAUGACUACCACUGCUGAAGAGGUCUGUUGAACGUUUGACCGCAAGACCUUGAUUUAUGGAGCUGUACUCGGGGAACAAACAUUAUUACAAGAAUCAAUGCAAGGCUCAGCGUACUUGACAGUUCUUUGUGAACUUGAUCUUCAACGAGAACAGGUACGACGGUCAAUCCCGAAAUACAAGCCGAACCGAGCCGAAAUGGUUCUUUCGAAGCAUGAUCGAUUCCCAAGGGAUGCUAUCCAAUCACAGUGUCACUAGCACACCGCCUUUGCACGCGUCGCAAC